GUGAAAUAUUCCACGUAAAUUGAUUUUAUGUGAUUUUAAACGUAGUGAGAAAGUAUGACCGUUCUUUGAAAUAUUUUUUAUCAUUGAUGACAACGACUACCGCGAAAUCAAGGGAGCUAACUCCAAAAACACAAACACGAAAGAAGAUAUUAUGGAAAUAACACGAAAAAAUUUUCAAGAGUCUCUAGAAGUUAUAGAAAGUGCAGUGAAAGAAGCGAGUUUCAUUGCUAUCGAUGGAGAGUUCACGGGUCUGAAUCAUGCUGGCUUGACACACACAGCUGUCUUUGAUACUCCGGAAGAAAGAUAUCAUAAACUUGUACAGGGUUCCGGUGAUUUUAUGUUGAUACAGUUUGGUUUGUGUGCAUUCAUUUAUGAUGGCAGCACAAAAAAGUAUACAGCCAAGCCAUUUAAUUUCUACAUCUUUCCAAGGCCAUUCUCAAGGGCUGCCCCAGAUGUGAGGUUUUCUUGUCAGAGCUCCAGUCUGGAUUUCUUGAUGUCCCAAGGGUUUGACUUUAACAAAUGGAUCCGGGAUGGUAUACCUUAUCUCAGACCUGUAGAUGAAGCCAGACUGAAAGAGCAGGUUAUAAAGAAACAUGAAGUUUUUGCAUCACCUGCAUUUAUCUCCCCUAGUGGAGGCUCACAGCCAGGAGGGGUUACUAAGGGACCAGUUGAUAUUCCACCAGAACAAAAGGAUUUUGUAGAUGAUAUCUGUAAGAAAGUUGAGAAGUUUCUGGAGUCAGGAGAACACGAGUCAUUAUCAUUACCACCAUGUACAGGAUUCCAGAGAAAACUUACUUACCAGUCCUUACAAACAAAGUAUGGUGGAGAACUUCACCUACAGAGCAAAACAGGUGAAAACAAGGAGAGGUUUAUUGUUGUUACAAAGGUGAAAGGUGAAGACCAGAUGAAGAAAAUGGAGGAGAGCAGACAAGCACAAGAUAUGGCUGAAAUUGAUGCAGCAGUAGGAUUUACACAUGUGAUAAAGAUGAUCUCACAGAGUGGCAAGUUGAUUGUCGGCCACAACAUGAUGUUAGAUAUUGCUCACACAAUUAAUCAGUUCAUGUACCCAUUGCCACAGGCAUAUGAAGAUUUCAAGUCAAUGUGCAGAUGUGUAUUUCCUAGACUGGUAGAUACAAAGUUAAUGUCAAAUACACAACCAUUCAAAGACCGUAUAGACAACACAGGGCUAAGUUAUUUACACCAUCUAACACAGAUGCCUCCAUUUGUCAAACCAGAGGUUGAAAUAUCAGAGGACUUGGAUAACAAAUACAAGGACAACGAGGCGUUACAUGAAGCAGGAUAUGACGCUUUCGUUACUGGACAAUGUUUUAUAUCUCUCUCAAACUUCCUAGGUCAGUUCCAGCAGCCGCCAUCUGACCAUGUGCCUCCAGCCUCCCCGCUUCUAGAACCUUUUCUCAAUAAAAUAUUUAUGAUGAGGUCAUUGGACAUACCAUAUAUGGAUCUGGUAGCAGCUGAUUUAAGUCCAUCAAGAGAUCACGUAUUUCACCUCACGUUUCCUAAAGACUGGAAGAGUUCAGAUAUUAGCCUGCUUUUUGCUCAGUUUGGAAAUGUGUAUAUUGGUUGGAUAGAUGAGGUGUCUGCCUACGUUUCUCUCCAUUCCAAGUCUGUGGCUAGUUCAGUAUUAAAGACAUUAUGCAAGAAAGGAUCUGUGUACAGACUUAUGUCAUACAACGAUCACAAGAAUCACACUCUACAAGAACAUAAAAAUCAGUACAAAUGGACCAAUCAGAAGCCAGAACACCAGUCACAUGGUCACAACCGUACACAUAGCCACAGUCACAGUCACCAUACCACAGUGCCCUCUAGUGGGCCAAAUCUAGAUGGUGAAGAGUCGGGCGGAGCAAGAAAAGGGACCAAAAGACCUCAUUCUCCAGAAAACGGUGUUCCAGUGGUAGAUACAGACAGUGGGAAAAAGAAGGCAAAGUCAUUGAAUGUGGAUGCCCCAGAGUUUCAGUCCAGAAUAACACCAACAUCCACUCCAGAGAAGGAUGAUAAUUUACAAUGGCCUGAGAAUAUCAACAGUUCAGGAAAAAAAAUUGUUCUACUGAAGCGCCCCCAAGACAAUGAGCAGCAUCAUUAUGACGGGAAAGGGAAAUACAAUGGAAAGAAAGGUUUCAGUGGGAGGAGAAACUUAGAGGGAAUGAAAAAUUUUCAUCCAAAUAACAAAUUUGGGAAGAAAAAGAACUGGAGAAAGGGAAAGAAAAAUGGGGAGCAGGAUGAGAAAAAAGAUGAAAAGAAUGAAAAACCCGAGUUUACUAUUAAAGAUGAAGAUUUUCCUCCAUUAACUUAGUGGUUUGGUUUUGAGACAAGAAAGAGGAAGACAAAUUUUUCCCUGAGCCUGAUGAUUGGUGAACUUGACCUCAAUUCACGACCCUAACAUUGAAACUGUAGAAGUGCGUUGUGCCUUUCCUGCAUACAAACAUGGAAGAUUAUAGCAGAUAUUGCGGCUUUAUUUCGAAACAUCUGGAGGAAGUGGGGAAUGAAAUGACAGAAUAAGAAUGACUUUUUGUAAUGGUUUUAUAUAGGAGGAAUAAAAUUUUGAAUAAAUUAUUCAUCGUGUACACCAUAUUACCAUGUCUACAAUGUAGUUAAAAGAAGGUUGAUAACAACAACAUAUGCAUAAAUACAUAUUUUUAGCACAUUCACUCACUCUACCUAGUCAUAGAAAUGAAAAUGGCAGGGAUUCUACGUGAUGUGUUUAAACCUUUGUUUGAAUAUUGGAACAUAGUGACCAUUACAGAUUUUUAUACACUUCCAACUCCGAAAUGCAAAUUUUGAGAUUUUUUGUCCUGUCCUGUUGCAGUAUUUUAUUUGUAUAAUGAUGCUUACACAUUGAUUAACUUAAAUGAGGUAGAAGCAUGAUUUAUUUACUGUAUGCUAAAUGUGAAUAAAUAACAAUAUAUGGAAGACACCUGUUAAAAUUGGCAGCUGAUUUAAUACAAUGGUAAUGCAUUCAGAAUGUGGUUGUUUACUUGAUGAAAUUGUAGAGCAUAUAUCAGACCCCUUCUGUCAGUUUAUCUUUCUAAACUAAGUUUUUAAUUCAAGAGUUUGUGCUUGAUAAUCCUGUUCUUUAUGAAACACUAGUACUUGUAGUGAAAGAAAUUUAUGGAUGUAAAUACUAAGUUACACUUGUAAAAAUCACUGAAUAAAUUGACAAAAUUCUG